AUUUGUCGCAAGAUGAUAUAGCUUUUAACAUAUUUUACCUAACAUAACCAUGUUUUGAGGAUAUUUGUGUUGGUAAUAAUUCCCAUAUGACUAAGCUAAAGCAUUAGACAAGGUAUUACUUAGAAGCCUCCAGCAGAUCGUAUCAAAAAUUGACAUUGUUUCACUUCUGUCACACUAUUUGUGUGGAAAUAAUAUAACGUUUUGUGGGUUGUAUUAGUGAACCAAACAAGACUUGUACUACAUUUCAGCUAAAGAACAUUACAAUUAAUGAAUAAGGAAUUAGCAUUACAUCAACACAAGUUAAAAAAACAUACUCAAAAGAAACAAGUAAAACCGACUGAGAAGAAAGCAAAAUUUGCUCAAAAUUCAUCAGAUCAUACAAGUUGAAUCACUGAUAAUUUUCCACAUAGUCUAGGAAUAUCUGUUGUUGAAGCUAAGGAUGCUGUUGCAAAUGUUAUUUUAGCAAGCAAUCAUAUGACACAUUGCUAACAAACUUGAAGUUACACAGAAUAACAUAAGCAUGGAAGAACAGGAUGCAUUUCCAGCAGUUAUAUGUGAACACAAAUUAUCACAAGAUUUCUCUCUUUUGGAAGAAAAAAAUUCAUCACUCAAGCACAGCUACAUCAGUAACAAUAACUUAGCACUAACUAUGGGAGCAGACUGCACUGAAAUAUCCACGUCGUCAACUCCCAACAAAUUGAUUGCCAAUGAUAAUAACAGUGGGUCACCGAUAUUAUUGCAAAAAAACUGUGUUCUGAAGAGAUCUGCUAAACCACAAACCAAGUUUAUGGCAAGAAGGAUGAAAGGUUUAUUGGUAAAAGCUAGGUCAAAGAGAAACAAUUUUAAGCAAAUUACAUUGGCAUUAAGCGAUAAUGUGCUGCAUAAAGUUUCAAAAAGUUUACAUGCAGAUGGACUGACUCUUCAAAGUAAUAUGGCAAAUUCUGAAGACCUUACCAACACAGAUAUUGGCACAUUUCCAGAUGCAGAAGAGACAGUUGUUUAUAAGGAGAAGCAAAGAUAUGCCUUUGUAACAUUCCCUUCAUGUACAGUAGAUGAUAAAGUCAUAACAGCAUUUGUUGAAGACCAUUUCCUUGUUUUAGUUCAGGAGUUGCAAAUCAGUUUCUGGAGCUUUGUUGAAAGAAAGUCGCAAUGGCUACACCUUGGGUCGCUGCCUCGCCAACAUUUUGUUGGUGGAAUCUCAACAGGAUUUCAGAACAGCAGGAUCAACAUCAGCAAUGAAAAAAUGCUUAUGUGCAUGGAACUGUGGACAUCUUAUGAAAAAGAGCAGACUGCACUGAUAUGUGUGAUGUACAGCUUCAAAAUAAUACAAGCUAGAUUCAGGUUUUGCUGCUUGGAACUGAAACGUCUGCAUGGGUAUAUCAAGAAUAUACAGUUCUGCAUCCUUCCAGAGUUUUCACUAGUUGUUAGCUGGUCACAUUGUGAUGAUGCCAUAAGCACAAAAAUUGUGAAGUUUAUCAUUGACAGUGAAUCACAGUUGAUUCUGAAAUCUACAGAGCUGGUUCCAGUGACAGGAACUGUAAAUUCACUUCAUUUCCUUAAAGACUGCAGAGCAAUUGUCAUUGGGGAGAGUACCUCACAAAUAUUUCUGUGGAACCACUGUACUGGCGUACUCGUUAAAAUAAUCCAGUGUCCAAGGAAGGAUGUGAGGCUGCAGUGGGCUGAUGAGGACCAGGGUUUUCUAUUUGCAGCAGUUACUACUCUGACACAUGUAGAACUAGCCACAGCAAACAUAACAACAGGCAAGUGGAAACAGGUGCGGAAAUACCUCCUUCCAGAGGCAAGCAAGUUGACAGGAAUCAGUGUGGAGCGUGGGAAGAUGACAGUGGUUUUCUUGGAAGGAUUCAUGUGCUGGGAUCUCAGGUCUGAUGUUCUUAUGUCUGAAACAGACAACAUAGAGGAAGACUAAGAUAUUACUUGGACAACAGUACUUAAUUUUGGGUCACACUAAACACCGAAGACAGUCUUUCAGAUGUACCACACAAUGUUCCAAUGGCUUUAUAUUCACAGCAGUUAUGCUGGUAACUCUGCGAUUUUACUUACUGAGUGCUUUGCAAUAUAUAUAUAUAGCAUAGACAAGUGUCUCAGUGGUAUAUGAAGUAAUUUAUUCAUAUUUAAAUAUGUAAUUGAUGGUCUGAUGAUGGAUGGCACACUGAUGAUGAAACAUGUUACCACUUUCACAUUUAAGUUUGUAUGGUGAUGUGGACAGAAGUGACUAUAGCACACAAUGAUGUGUUGCAAUUGAAAUUUACUGUGUACCUUUAAAAAUCUGCAAUAAAACAUAAAGAUCAA